UUCCCCUACCAACAAAAUCAAGAAAUUCUGAAAAACCCAAUGGCGAUCCAGGCAUGGUUUAUGCAAGAAAGUGAUGAUGAUCAGAGGUUACCACAUCACAAAAACCCGCCCGAAUUUGUUUCAAUGGAACAAUUGGCGGAUCUUGGAGUUCUCUACUGGUAUUUGGAUCCGAAUAAGUAUGAGAAUGACCCGGAAUUGGACAACAUUAGACAAACCAGAGGGUAUAGCUAUACGGAUUUGCUGGACCUGCGUCCCGAGAAGGUGGAAAACUACGAGCAGAAGCUGAAGAAUUUCUACACGGAGCACAUACACGCGGACGAAGAGAUACGCUACUGUGUGGAAGGGUGCGGCUACUUUGACGUGAGGAACAACGACGACCGUUGGAUACGCAUCUUGAUCAAACCCGGUGACCUCAUCGUUUUACCUGCCGGAAUUUACCACAGGUUCACCCUCGAUACCAAUAACUAUAUCAAGUUGAUGCGAUUAUUUGUGGGAGAGCCCGUUUGGACCCCGUUCAAUCGGCCGCAAGAGGAUCAUCCUGCAAGGAAGGACUACAUCAAGGGCAUGAUUGAGAAGAUUGGAUUAGAAGUUCAUUGAGCAUCUUCUAUGGUUUGAAAAGAUAUAUUGGGUUUUUCAAUGUGUGUGGAUGAGCAAUUACUAGUUCCUUUGAGGGCUUAAAUGCAAUAAAUACAUGUAUGUAAUGCCUUUGUAUCAUAUAAUUAUUACCCAAUACUAAUUUUGUGGGAUAAUAAUAAAAAUUGUGUUUUAUUUUUCUAAG